ACCGCGGCGACGCCCGGAAGUUGCUGCAGCAGGCGGCUGAGCUCUCAGGGAUGGCCCAACUAGGUGCGAUAGCGGCGCUGUCUGUUAGUUUUCUGGCUGCAACUCUCUUCUCUGCAGUACACAAAAUUGAAGAAGGACAUAUUGGCGUUUAUUAUAGAGGUGGUGCAUUGCUGACUUCCACCAGUGGACCUGGCUUCCACCUUAUGCUCCCCUUUAUAACCUCCUACAAAUCUGUGCAGACUACAUUGCAGACAGAUGAGGUGAAAAAUGUUCCUUGUGGUACCAGUGGUGGAGUGAUGAUUUAUUUUGACAGGAUCGAGGUGGUGAAUUUCCUGAUCCAAGGUGCUGUGUAUGACAUAGUGAAGAACUACACAGCAGACUAUGACAAAGCACUCAUCUUCAACAAGAUUCACCAUGAGCUGAACCAGUUCUGCAGUGUUCAUACUCUUCAGGAGGUCUACAUUGAGCUGUUUGAUCAGAUUGAUGAAAACCUUAAACUGGCUUUGCAGCAGGACCUGACCACCAUGGCUCCUGGACUCAUUAUACAGGCGGUCCGCGUUACGAAGCCAAACAUUCCAGAAACAAUUCGGAGGAAUUAUGAACUCAUGGAGAGCGAGAAGACAAAGCUGCUGAUUGCGGCUCAGAAGCAGAAGGUCGUGGAGAAGGAAGCAGAGACGGAGAGGAAGAAGGCCCUGAUUGAGGCAGAAAAAAUUGCCCAAGUGGCCGAAAUAACGUACGGACAGAAGGUGAUGGAAAAGGAAACGGAGAAGAAAAUUUCAGAGAUUGAAGAUGGUGCAUUCCUUGCUAGGGAGAAGGCAAAAGCUGAUGCCGAAUGCUACACUGCCAUGAAGAUAGCAGAGGCUAACAAGCUAAAACUAACUCCUGAGUACUUGCAGCUGAUGAAAUACAAAGCUAUUGCAUCAAACAGCAAAAUCUAUUUUGGCAAAGAUAUUCCCAACAUGUUCAUGGACCACACGGGGAGCAAGCCUGCAGAGGGACUGGUGGAAGAGAUGAGAGGAGAGAAUUGGGCCGCUGCCACUGAGGAUUUAUGAAACCAUUUUAUAACACCUAAUGACCUUGCAAAAUUUCUAUUUAUUUUUUAACAGAUGAAACAAACUGAGAAGUUGGUUUCCCCUUUUGAUUUUUUCACUGUUCUGUGCUGAAGCAGAUGAGCCAGACUUAACCCUCUCAACCUUUUGUCUAGAAAUCAGUUUAGACACAAAUACUUUGAUAUUCACAGGCCAUUUUUUGGUUACUUCUCAAGAGCCAGGUUCAGCUCUGCACCGUAUCUUGACUCCUCCCUUUUGGAGGCCUGGUUAUUCUGGAGCAGGGGGAGAAUCCUGCAAAUUUCCAGCAGGAUGAUUUGUUGUGUGGUUAGGUUGAUUAAAUGAAACUUUGAGUUCUGCAUGAGCAGUUAUAGCAAUUGGGAUAGGGGAGGCAAUGCCCUUCUUUGCUGCUGGAAGCUGUCGUUUCUUUUGUUGGAGAUUUCCAUUACAUUUUUUUGAGCCCUAUGAAAGAGACAAAGGUGCUAGGAUUUCUGAACACUACAUAUCCCAGCUUAAGAAAGGCAGCACGGAUGUGGUGGCAGAGCUUGUUAAUUUCCCAUGUCCUGAGAUCAGUGUUUUCGCAUUCUCCAUAUUUUGUAGAGGGAUAAGGAGGUUCUAAAUUCUGUAAUUCUCUUUCUAGAAAAUCAUCUGUAAAAGUGGUACAACCGGGUCAGGGUUGAGGUGCUCUGGUGGGGGCAGUGUGAGUAUACCCUGUUCCUGUUCUCUGGCUAAAUGGGACAUCAGUCUCCCAAGAUGCCAACAUAUGGUACCUUUCACCAACAUCAAAUUGACUUUUAGGAAAAGUAGCUUACAAAAACGAUGAAUCACUCAGACCCCCGUCUUGCAAACACUUUUGCAGGUGAGUAACUGUGCUCAAGUGAAUGGUCUCAUUGACUUAUCAUCUCCAUAAGUGUUUGUAGGAUUGGGGCCUACAUUUGAAAUAGCCAGCAUGGUUCAGUGGCUGCCAUACAUUAUCAGGAAGAGAAUGUUCAGACAAGUUGAAGUGAAUGGCUGGCUAAUUUAGACCUCAUGUAGGCAUUUUGAUUCACGUUUAGCAGGGGCAUACAAAACACAGUAUUGUAUAGUCACAGGGAGAGACAGGUGCCCUGUUGUCUUUAGACAAUUCAGAGAGCACAAUUUCUCCUUCUUCCUCCUCUCCCCCCCCCCCCCCCCCAAUGAUGCUGUAAUACAUGUGGUCCAUUAAGGUGCAAUUUGAUUUGUUUUUAAGUCUUCAAGUAUGCAGCUGUGAAGAGUCCAUAGAUUUUUAUGAUGUAUUAUGUGUGUGUGUAUAUAUAGAUAGAUAGAUAUAAAUAUAUAGAGAGAUAGAUAUAUACACACACACACACACACACAUAUAUAUAGAUAUAUGCAAAAUCAACUGGGGGGAAAUAAAGGGCUUAGCAUAAUUCAGGGCAGGAGAGAACAUCUGUUCCCCCCAGGCCAUCUCCUCCCACUUGGCAGGAAGGCCUGUUUAUUAAUCACUGUUUUAUUUUGCAACCUACACACAGAUACUUGGUGGCUCCAGCCUGAGUGCAAACACCGUUGUCAGUGGCCAGCUUAUUUCAUUUAUAAUCUGUUGUUCCUUAUCCUGCCACAUGCUGCCGUUGGUAUUAGCGUGCUAAACUCAUCAGAGCGCUCAACCUGUCUGGGUGUUUUUGUAACAACACGGCCCCAGUCAGAUAGAAACGUGAUGAAUUUUUGCUGCUUCCAAUAUUUUUCAUAUUCGUUUUCUUUAAUAUUUUCACAGCUUGAAUGACUACUACUUUGCCUGUACUUGAAAAUGUAAAAUGAAAGCUGCCAUCAGUUACUGCAUGAGAAAACUGAUAACUCGAUUUGCGGUAUAAGAAAAGCCUUUAUCUCUUUCUAUAUAUUUUUUUACUUACUGGAAAACCUGAGGUUUAUAGCUUAAAUUCAGAUUCCAGACCGAUGUACUACAUAAGACAACACUGCAAUAGAAAAAUUACCCCAGCUCUCACAUAACUAGCAUUUGCAAAUAGGAUUCUGCAUAGAGAACAGGAAGAGCAUGGGAAGAGCAGAACUUUUGCUUUUUUGGGGGGUGGGGUUGAGGUUUAUACUGAGGGUGGUCUCACUCGUUCAGGAUUGUUUCACACUCAUGAUAAAGAUUUGCAUCUAGUAACUAAUGCGUAGUUUUUAUCAAACAUUUUUUACUAGCAAAAAAAAAAAAAAAGCCAAAGUGUAUUGAACCUUUUUAUAUGACUUUCAUGUAAAACUAUGUGGAAUAAAUAGGACUUUUUAUACCAUACAAUUUCACUAUAAAAGAAUGAGGAAAAACACAGAAAAAGAAGUAGCCAAUAUUAGUACAAUGUUAAUUUAAAACACAAUCUUACAGCCUAAUUAUUCCACCUGUUAACAGCUUAGGGUGUGUCUAUACUGCAGCAGCGAGCAUGCUGCCCUGCCCAGCUAGGCAGACUGGUGCUAGCUCGGCUUGAGCUAGUGCACUAAAAAUAGCAGUGUGGACAUUGUAGCUUGUCCACACUGUUGUUUUUAGUUGCGCUAGCGUGAGUCUGUUUACCCGGGCUGGGAGGCUCGCUGCCUGCUGCAGUGUAGACAUGCCCUUAGUUACUGCAGCUUGUGAGAUGAUAAAGUGAAAUCUUAACAUAAUUGGGGGGGGGGGGGGUAUCAUAAUUUAGCUAGAGCAAAGCUGACACCAUGACUUUCUCUACCAGACUGAAUCCAGUGUUGGCGUCUGACACAGUUUCUCCAUUAUUUUAUACGUUUAACCUCUUUUGCCUUCCAGAGUAAAUUUGCUACUAUAUUUGACUCUGUAUUCCAUCUCUUCCUUGUGAGAAUAGUGACAGGAUGUCAGCUGGGUUUCUUUUUUUUCUUUCUUUCCUGCAUGCAAAUUUGCAAUGAGCAUUUGAAUGUUUAAAACCACUUGUUUAAUGAAGAGACUACAAGGGGUAUGUGAAUGGUGAUGUUUGAGAAUCCCUGAUUGAGGCAUUAAAAUAACUGCGUUGGCAGAGGAAGUUCUGACCUGGGCAAGCAUUGGAAGUGAUGUGUUGGAAUAAAAAAGCCGUUUUAUUUUGCUAUUUGUUAUAAUGACUGAAUAAAAGGUUUUUC